GAUUUUGAUUUCAGUGUGAAGUUAGUAUAAUAGAACCCCUUUGCCAAUCCAUAUAGAAUAACAUAAGUCCAACGAUUUCUAGUGGUGAAUAAUACGAGUAAUGAUUUACAACCUUUGUAAUUGUUAUCGGUUCUUGUUCGUAUUAUUAUUUUUUUUUUUUCAAGUGAUUAUACCCUUGAGAGCAUCAUGCCACCCAGACGAUAUAAAGGUGCUGAUGCAAAUAAAAGAUCACUUCUCAGGAUGGAACGGCGAUGACUGCUGUAAUUGGGAUGUUGUUACUUGUAGCGACGAUGAAAAUCAUUUAAGCAGAAUCACGGGGUUCCAUCUAACUGGCUUUUUCGAAGCUAGUAUAGCUAAUGUAUCGGGUGAAAUUCCUAGGGUGAUUGGUGAUCUUCCAUUUCUGGAGAUUCUUGAUUUUGAUAACCUGCCAAAGCUUACGGGUUCAAUCCCCGAAACAAUCGCAAACCUCUCUAAUCUCAUGGUUAUUACAUUGGCUGACGUUAAUCUCACUGGACCUAUUCCUGAAUUUUUAAGCCAGAUUAAGACUCUGCAAUCCAUUCAAUUUCUCAAUUGUGGUUUAUCAGGGACUAUUCCCUCCUCUUUGUCGCUCCUUCCAGACCUUGGAGUACUUAUUCUUAGCGGGUAUGUACCUCUCUACCUCUUUUUUUUUCUACUUUUAUAUUACAAUGUACUAUAUUAUAUAUUCAUUGUAGCAAAUACAAAAUAUACAAGUAUUAACCUUGUGUUGUUUGUCUAUAUUAAUUUCAGGCUCAAACUAAACGGUUCAAUUCCGGAAAGUUUUGGGUCAUUUAAGAGUGAGCUUGGAAUAUUAAGACUUGAUACGAAUGGGCUAUCUGGUCCAAUCCCAAAGUCUUUGGGUCAAGCAAAUAUUAACCAGUUAUAUUUGAACCACAACCAAUUCACAGGAGAUGCAUCAUUUUUGUUCACAAGUGAUAAACCAAUGGAGCGAGUCAUCCUUAGUGAUAAUCAUUUCAAGUUUAAUUUCAGCUAUGUCGACUUACCUUGGAGGUUGAACUAUAUUGACUUGUCUUACAACGAGUUAUAUGGCUCGCUUCCUAGACGAUUAGGACAACUUCAAUUGAGAUAUGUCAAUUUCCGCAACAACCAACUAUGUGGUAAGUUCCCCAAAGGCCGACGCUUGAAGCAAUUUAGCCCUAUUGGUUUUACCAAUAAUAUGUGCCUUUGUGAUGCGCCGGGAUUACCCCCUUGCAACAAGUAGCUGCCCUGACUUAUUUGUG